GGGAAAAGGAAGCGGAUGGGACCGAGAAUCGCUGUCUGUUGCUUUUUGUUUUUCUGCUGACUGGAUUUGGUCACUGGUUCUUCGUCUUUUGUCUGUUGCACGCAUCCCGCCCUCCCCAUUUGCUUCCCCACUCCUCGGAUCCGGCCCUCUGGGCUUUCACGCCAGUUGUCUCACCCCGCCGUGAGCCCCUCCUGGUCCCCGGUCGGGCCUGGCACGGAGGCGGUAACUAUGGAGAAUAUGGCGGAGGAGGAGCUGCUGCCCCAGGAGAAGGAGGAGGUGGAAGUGGCCCAGGUCCAGGUCCCGACCCCGGCCCCGGACUCGGCUCGGGUCCCAGCUCCGGCCCCGGAUUCGGCUCCGGCCUCGGCCCCGACUCCGGCCUCGGCUCCAGUCCCAGCCCCUGCCCUGGCCCAGGCUCCGACCCUGUCCCCGUCCCUAGCCUCUGCCCCUGAUGAGGCUGAAAGCAAUGGUCUAGUUAGCCCUCUGAAAUCAGACUUAACUGGGCAAGAUGAAGAUGGCAUAUCUGAAAUAGAAUUGAAAAUUGAGGAAAAAGAAGUUUUAAAAGAACCUCCUAGCAUCUUGGACUCAUCUGAUUUAACAAGAGAGAGACACAUCUCAAUUCAAAGGCAGCUUGCUGAUCUAGAGAAGUUAGCUUUCGUAACUGAAGGGGAUUUUGACUCUGCCAGUUCACUGAACUCAGAUAAUCUUGAUGCAGGAAACAAACAGGCUUGUCCAUUGUGCCCCAAGGAAAAAUUCAGAGCUUGUAAUAGUCAUAAGCUUCAUCGUCACCUUCAAAAUUUACACUGGAAAGUCUCAGUUGAAUUUGAAGGUUACAGGAUGUGCAUCUGUCACUUACCUUGUCGACCAGUGAAACCAAACAUUAUUGGAGAACAGAUAUCCAGUAAAAUGGGAGCCCAUUAUCAUUGUAUUAUUUGUUCAGCAACAAUCACCAGAAGGACGGAUAUGCUAGGACAUGUUAGGCGCCAUGUGAAUAAAGGAGAGACUAAAUCCACCUAUAUUGCUGCUUCUGCUGCCAAACCACCUAAUGAAAUUUUGAAAGAGGCAGACACAGAUGUACAAGUUUGUCCCAACUAUUCUGUACCUCAGAAAACAGAUUCCUAUUUUAAUCCCAAAAUGAAACUAAAUCGGCAGCUAAUAUUCUGUACACUGGCUGCUUUGGCUAAGGAACGAAAACCUUUGGAAUGUCUAGAUGCCUUUGGAGCUACUGGGAUAAUGGGAUUACAAUGGGCAAAACACCUUGGGAAUGCAGUCAAGGUUACAAUUAAUGAUUUGAAUGAAAACUCUGUGACGUUGAUUCAGGAGAACUGCCAUUUAAACAAACUGAAAGUGGUAGUGGACUGUAAGGAAAAGGAAGAGAGUGAUGAUAUUCCUGAAGAAGGAGAGGAAAACUUUGGUAAUAUUAAGGUGACCAAAAUGGAUGCCAAUGUACUGAUGCAUUUGAGAUCUUUUGAUUUCAUACACCUAGACCCUUUUGGAACAUCUGUGAACUAUCUUGAUUCUGCAUUCAGAAAUAUAAGAAACCUUGGCAUAGUGUCAGUGACUUCUACAGAUAUCAGUUCUUUAUAUGCCAAGGCACAACAUGUUGCCCGGCGUCACUACGGCUGUAACAUUGUCCGAACUGAAUAUUACAAGGAGCUAGCAGCCAGAAUUGUUGUAGCUGCAGUGGCAAGAGCUGCAGCCCGAUGUAACAAAGGCAUAGAAGUACUGUUUGCAGUGGCUCUGGAACAUUUUGUAUUGGUUGUUGUGAGAGUUUUGAGGGGGCCUACUUCUGCAGAUGAAACAGCCAAGAAGAUUCAGUACCUAAUCCAUUGUCAGUGGUGUGAAGAGAGAAUUUUUCAGAAGGAUGGUAAUAUGGUAGAAGAAAACCCAUAUAGACAGCUACCCUGUAACUGUCAUGGAAGCAUGCCUGGAAAGACAGCAAUAGAACUUGGACCUCUAUGGUCAAGUUCCCUUUUCAAUACUGGAUUCCUCAAAAGAAUGCUAUUUGAAUCUCUUCACCAUGGUUUAGAUGACAUUCAGACCCUAAUAAAGACAUUAAUCUUUGAGUCAGAGUGUACUCCUCAAAGUCAGUUUUCAGUUCAUGCACCUUCAAAUCUCAACAAGCAAGAAGAAUAUGGUGUAUUUAUUAAAACUACAGAUGAUACCACAACAGAUAAUUACAUUGCACAAGGGAAGAGAAGAAGUAACGAAACCACCACAAAUUUAGCCAAGAGGCAAAAGACUGAUGUGAAUACUGAACAUCCUCCCUUUUAUUACAACAUCCAUAGACACAGCAUUAAAGGAAUGAAUAUGCCAAAGUUAAAAAAGUUUUUGUGCUGUCUUUCUCAAGCAGGCUUUCGAGUAAGCCGAACUCAUUUUGACCCGAUGGGUGUCCGUACAGAUGCACCUCUAAUACAGUUUAAAUCUAUCCUUUUAAAGUACAGCACCCCCACCUACACUGGAGGACAGUCAGAGGGCCACGUCCAACCAGCGUCCGAAGAUACAGUAGCUGACACGGUUGAAAUGUCAGUGAAUGACAAAGCAGAAGCAAGUGGCUGCAGAAGAUGGUAAAUGUAAAAGAAGUUUGUUCCCAGAUGUCUGUGUUGAUGGCCUAAUAGUUCUCUGUAUCAACUGUAGUGCUUUUUCUAUUCUUUCAAUUCAGUUGUGUAAAAAUAAAAAAAAACAGUGCUGUUUUCAUUCAGAAAAUUAGCAGUUUCUAACUUAGCUGGUUUGGGAGCUAUGCUUUCCAAGUUUUUCUUAUUUUAAAGAAAACUUAAAAUUUUAAUGAAAACAUUUCAUGUGAAGGCCAAGUUUGUGACUGAGAUCACCCUACUGUUUAAUACUCAGAAAUUUUUCACAUGCAAAGUGUUUGGAAUUUUAUUUAUGUUAUUGAAGCCAUCCUUUACUAUACUUAAUCACAUCUCUACUUAAAUUGAUUCAUGAUAUUUAUGUUUUUCUGUUUGUAGUGUAUAAGAUGAAGCCAGAGCCUUUUAUUAAAAUGACCCUAAAUAGAAUAGGAGGAACAAUGUCCUUUCAGGUCACUAAUAUAUUUUUUCACAAAUACAAGCUAAAAUAUAUUCCCAAUUUCAAGAAAUCAUAUCUCUACCCACACUGAUCUUUCAUUACUAGCUUUUGAGAAAUUAAAUAAUUGCCUGAGAUAGAAAUACAUUUUCUUAUAAGUUUAAGGUCUACAUGACUAAACUUCAGAGUAAGAUUUUGUUAAAGUAAAUUGAGACCACUGUUCUUAUAUAGUGAUUGUUCACAGGCACUAAAUUCUGAAGAGAGAUUUUGUUAUGAAUUAAAUAAACUGGGUGAUCUCAAGUGCCUCAGUUAAUGCACGUACAAUAUUCAUUUGCUUGGUUGUCUACCUCUCAGGAGUAAAACUUGUCACCUUAUGACUUUCUGAAGUGAGGAUUUUCUUGUUUUUUGGGGGGUGGUUUGGUUUUUUUGUUGUUUUGCUUGUUUUUUGGUGUGUGUAUGUGCUAAUUUUUUGUACAAGUAGCUCAGGCUAACAUGACUAUGAAAAUUAGUUGGAAAAAAAUCUCAUUUCCAUUAAUAUUGUUCUUGCUUCA